UUUUUUUUUUUUUGGCUUCCACCCUCACUAUUUUCAUCUGAAAAUAUUGUUUCUGUAGUUAGGAAUGACCUCCUCCUUAGUGCAAUCAUUUCUUCUCUCAAUUAUUAGAGUGGAAGUAAUUUCAAGACAAAGCAUCUAUGCCACUUUGUUUCUUCUACGAUACAUUGUAAAAAGAGUAAAUUCAUAGUAACUUCUGCUGAGUGGUUUCCAUGAAGCUGAGUUCAAUCUCAUUUACCACAAAUUAGAAACUAAACAUGAACAGAUUUUUGCCAUAGUUUGGAUGUGGAAUGUCUCCCAAAGGCCCAUGUGGUAUUAACAGCUUCUCCCUGUCAUGGCACUAUCGGGACAAGGUGGAAACUGUAAGGUAGAGCCCAGUGAGAGAUCCUAAGGUCAUUGAGGUGAGCUCACACAGGGAUUGUGGGAGAGCUGCGGCACAGCUCUGUGGUAUAGCAUAUGCUUAGAGUGCAUGAGGCCCUAGGUUCAAUCCCUGGCACACAACCCACCCCAACCCCCAAACAAACAACAGAGAUUGUAAAGCCCUGGUCUCUUCCUCUUUCUCUUUCACUUCCUGGCCAUGAGGUGUUUUUGCUCUGCGAUGAGUUCCUGCAUGAAGCACUGCGACAGGCCUAAAGCAAUGGAGACAAUUGAUCAUGGGCCGAAACCUCUAAAAUCUUGACACAUAAUCGAAGACAUAGCCUUUCCAAGAUGAUUCAUCAGACAUCUCUUUAUCCUUGUUCUGUAAACAUUAAUGUACCUAGCAGACAUUUUGCUGCUGCUGCUACAAAGCCUGCAAAGAAAGCCAACAAAGGUGCCAAAGAAAAAACAUCAGAUGAAAAGAAAGAUGAGAUAGAAAAAAUAAAGUCAUACCCAUACAUGGAAGGUGAACCUGAGGAUGAUGUCUAUUUAAAGCGCUUAUACCCAAGGCAGAUAUAUGAGGUGGAGAAAGCUGUUCAUUUACUUAAGAAGUUUCAAAUUUUGGACUAUACUAAUCCAAAACAAGGAGUUUUUCUUGAUUUGACACUGGAUAUGGCACUGGGGAAAAAGAAAAGAGUGGAAGCAUUUGCCAGCGUUAUUAGUUUUCCAUAUCCAUUUUGUUUAGAAGUCAAUAAAGUUGCUGUGUUAACAGGGAAUCCAUCAGAGAUUGAAAUAGCAGAAGGACAAGGAGCUGCUUUUGCAGGAGGAACUAGUCUGAUUCAGAAGAUUUUAGAUGAUGAAAUUCAUGCAGACUUUUAUGUAGCUGUUCCAGAAAUAAUGCCUGACCUUCAUCCAUUAAGGAAAAAACUGAAAAAAAGAUUUCCAAAGCUCAGUAGAAAUUCCAUUGGCCGGGACAUUCCUAAAAUGCUUGCGUUAUUUAAAAAUGGACAUGAAAUUAAAGUAGAUGAAGAAAGAGAGAACUUUCUCACGACCAAAAUAGCUACAUUGGAUAUGUCAAGUGACCAGAUAACUGCGAACCUGCAGACUGUUAUUAAUGAAGUCUGCAGGCACAGACCACUGAAUCUGGGUCCCUUUGUGGUCCGUGCUUUUCUUCGUAGUUCAACAAGUGAAGGUUUACUAUUAAAGAUUGAUCCAUUACUGCCUAAAGUAGAAACUGAAGAAAAUAAAGAAGCUGCCUAAAAGUGUUUAAUUGUGAAAUUAAUUUGAGUGGAUUAAGAAGCAACAGAGAAACUUAUAAAACUGCAUAAUUUCUACA